CUUGAAUCACAACCAUCAAUUAUCACAAUGAUACCACUCUCCCCAUCCAAACACAGGCAUCAGCCUCAGAUACUACCAAUUGACAAACUCAACACAACCGAUGAACCAUGUCUGACCGCACUCCCGGAAAUGAAUUCCCUCAGCGAGGUGGUCAACACUAUCCUUAACCAAGCAGUGACUCUACAACGCCUCCAAGCAUCCGGCGCAGAAGGCCGAUCCGGAUGCUCGAUUUACUUUGCUCGAUCCGACCAGAGCGAGGUACCCAUCGCUGUCGUCAAAGUAUACCCGCCUCAACGACAGGGUGAUCUCUUUGACGAAUUGGCCAGCUACAAGAAGAUUCUAUCCCUUCCGAAUACCCCUUCCGCCGUCGCUCCAAUUGGCGUAGGACGAACGCGCGAUGAGGAAUCCGGUGCUCCUGCUGGGGUGGUUGUGUACCAACCAGCCAAAGGGAAGGCGAUAAACACGAUGAUUCGUGAUGUGGGGAGGAUAACGGCGUUUCGUGAUCUGGCGAGGAAUGUCGUUAUUGACUACGAGGCCCGCGAUGGGCUGCUGCAAUUUAUUGAGGACAAUCGUGAAAAUAUCCCUGUUGACUGGAGGGAGGUUGAUGGUCUAAAAGGACGAUGUGUUGACGGAUUCUUUGCGGCAUUGCCUGCGUUCCUUGAGACACGCUAUGAGAAGCUAUUGGAAGAUCUCCUGUGUGCAGUGAGAGCAAUGGCAUCUGUUCUGGCGAAACUGCAUACUGCAGAGCGAGGGCAAUGGAACGAUGCAUCAGAAAAGACAAUGGAGAAAAUGCGAACCAGAGUGCGAGGGUGGAUGGAGGAGAUCCAAAGCAGCGCAACAGUUGAAUAUGAUAAUGCUGGCAUUGGGCCAGACAGACGGCAGGAAAUGCACAAGAUGGUGGAACAUGUCAUCUAUGAAGCACGACAUCCGACAUCCACAUCUUUAACGCAUGGCGAUGCUUCAUCCGGUAACUUCUUCUGGGAUCCAGCCAUCGGAGUCACCAUGAUCGACUACGGAGGUCUGCAUUGGUCAAUGGACGUCGCUGGCAAGCCCAUCGGGCUGGCUGAGAUUGAUGCAGCUGGAUUCUACGAACGGCUGCGCAAGUAUGCACCGGCAUUUGGCGUCAAGCCAGAGGAUAUCGGCAGCGUGCAGGAGGCAUUCUGGGAUACAUAUACCCAGCUCAAUCCCGAGCUCAAUCUGUCUGUCGCACGACUGGUCCGGUUACGUAUCCAGAUGAGCCGGCUGUGGUCUGCUGUGGACAAAUUCAAUCGGACGCCGGAUGCAAGCCACGCUGCGGUUGAAACAGAAUACGAACGACUCUGCUCGAUAUCCGGAAUUCAUGAAACUGUUCCCAAAUUCAAGGUCUUGAUGGUUGCAAAUGCGAGCGGAAGAGGGAAAGGCGGAAUCCCAUUACUGAACCGGGAGCUCGUCAACGCCAUGGCCAGUCUGAAGAAUGCCUCUGUGACUCUCUUCCUCGUGGAUGAUGCCAUUACCAACGAGCAUCAUCCAAACGCAAAGGUCAUCAGUAUUCCGUGUGCAUCAGGUCAUUCCGCCUCCGAACUACUCUACUACGUAGCCAAAGUGCAUCAGCCGCAGGGAUUUGGCCUGCCAGAGCAGAAUGAAAUAUCGCCUCCAUUUGACCUUAUCGUCGGCCAUUCACGAUAUUCCAGCGCAGCCGCAGCUAUCAUCAGGGAUAGAUGGUAUCCCACCGCCAAGCUCGCCCUGAUCACGCACACAAGUCCGCUGCGGAAAUCAGACGCGGCGUGGACAUGGUACGGCGGAUCACGGCAGAAGGGAUAUGAGGAGGCUGCUCGACUGGCUCUGUUGGAUGAGAAGAUCCUGCCCAAGGCGGAUUUGGCGAUUGGGGUUGGUCCGGUUCUCACGAAUGAAGCCAGGGAGAGAGAAUGGAUGGGGCAGUUGAGUCGUCCACGGUCGAUUGUGUCUGGGCCUCGCUUUCAUGAAAUGAUUCCUGGUGUGCAUAUUGAAGAGAGUAUAAAAAGGCAGCGACAGCCAGAUGAUGUAUUUCGGGUGCUGCUCGCUGGUAGAGCAGAUGAUCCAGCCAAAGGAGUGGAUGAUGCAAUAUACGCGGUUUGGCAACUGGCAAUGGCACCGAGAGCUAGCAUCACGCUCGAUAUACUAGGAGUGCCGGCAGAAGAAUUACAAGAACGACAGAAACAUGUCGAUCAGAUGACUGGCAUAAAAGGCCUCGUUCAAUUCCAUCCAUUCUCAAAUGACCAGACCGUGGUUCGGCGCUCCUACCAGGCCGCAGACUUAGUGGUCAUGCCAUCGACCCACGAAGGAUUUGGAAUGAUCUUCACUGAAGUCGCCGGAAUGGGCGUUCCCAUUCUAGUAACAGAAGACAGUGGCGCUGGCCAGUUUGCACUCGACAGCAGCCGUAUCCCUGCCAGGUUAGGCAAUGCUGUCGUGGUGAUGGACGAGAGCGCAUAUGGGAUUCCAGCAUCGGCACAGAGCAAUCGCGUGGCUAUCUGGGCAGAUCGGAUUGAUUGGAUUCGACGGAAUCCAGUGCAGGCAAUGCAAAAUGCAACUGAGCUGCAGGAUAUAAUGCGAGCAUAUUCAUGGGAACAUGCUGCAGAGGCACUGCUGGACGCAGCCAUGCACGAUGCUGGAGACACAGUGCAGACAGCCAACGGCACACUAUCACCUCGUCUGUCACCUCUUGCUCCAGAGGUUAAAGUCUCUAUGCAGUGUGCAGCACAAUCACGAAAUGGUAGCGGAGUGCCAGAGAAGACAAAGGCCACUGCAGUACUGCAGACUCUUCCUCGGAUUGGCCAUUGUAAACACGCCCUCGAACAUUUCGUCUCUAAAGCGUUGGGCCAUCACGUUGAUCUCAAACCAUUGACAGAUUCCCACGUGAAGGGAUUCUCUGGAGCGCCCGUCUUCAUUGCGCAUCACCCUAAGCAGGGAGGGGAGGUUGCGGUAGUGAAGCUAUUUCUCCAGAGUCUCGACAAUGGCAUCACCGAAGAACUCUCCAGUCUGGAAUGGCUUCUGCAUCGAGCAAAGGAUAUCAACACGCCUACUCCCAUCGCAGUCGGGCAGAUGAGUUGGAACGGCAAGCCAGCUGGGGUGGUGGCAUACAAAGUCGCCCAAGGUGCUUCUCUGUACCAGCUGAUGAUGCAACUGGGUAAAAAGUGUGGGAAGGAACGAGCGGAAAUUUUCGCUAUCCUGAAGUCUGGUAGCCAGGCAGCCGCGACAACACUAACCAAGCUGCAUUCAUAUGCCAUCCAAGGACGGUCGAGCGAAGGCUAUCUGGCAUGGUACUAUAGCGCAGCGCCGCAACGAGUAGAUCGACUGGAGUCAUUUACAUCUAUCCUUGAACACACUGGCCUCGACGUUUAUCAGCUCAGACAGCAGGUCAACAAGCUCAUCGCCCGGUGUCAACAGGAGAUACGGCAAAAUCCACGAACAGCAGUCGUUCACGGUGACGCCCAUCCAGGCAAUUUCUUCUUCGACCGAAAUACUAAACGCACGACCAUCAUCGACGUGACGACACUGCAUUGCUCACUAGACGCAGAGGGGAAUCCAGCUGGUACGCCUGAACGAGAUGUGGGACAUUUUCUACAUAUGCUACGUCGAACGGGGGAGCAGUCUGGUAUGACUGAAGAUGAAAUGGAGCAGUGUGCGCGAGUGUUUGUUGAUACUUAUUAUAAUGGUGGAGGGAGUGUGGGUAUACAGACUCUUCGGUUACUGGCUGUAUGUUCUGCUCUGUCGUUUGUUGGGAAUGCAGUGCAAAAGAAUGGGAAUGUGUUGAAGGAGGUGAAGAUUCUGGGCGAGAUGUUUGCAUUAGGGAAUGGCAGUUAAAAAUAUCCAUUAUCGUUGUUGGGUAUAGAUCUUCAGUUCGUAUUAAUAUCGUAUUUUCAUCUGAUUGGAUGGCAUAUCGGCUAUUUAAGCUCAUUUAAAGAUGACGG